UUACUUCUUGGCUAAGUCAUCAACGAAAAUACGGAAAUGGACAAGUCAAAAACAAACAAUGAAUUUCAGGAUUUGAAUUUACGCGUCUUUUCACUCUCCCCCGAUCUCUAUAUAAAUAACUGGAUUCUCUGCCUUCAAUUAUUCACACACCAAAAGAAGAUAAAGGGAGUUUUCUUUGCUAGAUUUUUCAGUUUUCUGUGAGAAUGGCUACAGUUGGAGGAAUUCGCCCGAGUGAAGGAUCUCAGAAUAGCCUUGAGAUCGAAGAUCUCGCUCGUUUUGCCGUUGAUGAACACAACAAAAAACAGAAUACACUUUUGGAAUUCAAGAAGGUAGUGAAUGUGAAAGAGCAGGUAGUGGCAGGGACCAUGUACUAUAUAACCCUGGAGGCUGUAGACGGGGACAAGAAGAAAGUGUACGAAGCUAAGGUGUGGGUCAAGCCAUGGAUGGACUUCAAGGAAUUGCAAGAAUUCAAGCUUGUUGGUGAUGCCUAAAUCUGUUCUGUAAUUGGUAACUCCUAUAGCAGAUUUACUUUGUAAGAUAAAUAUACAGGCUUGCUGAUGUUUGAUAGUGUCUAAACUUAGUAAAAUAAAUGUGCAGCCUUGAUUCUAUGGUAGUAAUCUCUUUAAAAUAACUUAUGGAGUUGUGCUAGUUUUUGGCAAUGUGAAAUUGAAGCAGCUUUCUUGAUUCGAGUUUA